UCUUUUCUCCUACGAUUAAUUUGCAAAUCCACAAAUGGAGAAAAAAGCUACCAGCUGCAUAUUUUGAUUUUGUUUUUUUUUUUCCUUGGACUCAACGUCUUUCGUCGCAAAAUGGUGGAUCCGCCAGUGGGUUACAGAUUCCAUCCGACGGACGAGGAGAUAGUGGGAGAUUACGUGAGGCCGAAGAACUUCGAGAGUAACACGAGCCGUGUAGAUGAAGUCAUGAGCACAGUCGAUAUAUAUGAAUUCGACCCUUGGGAGUUACCUUACAAGUCGAGGAUCAACUCGACAGAUGAGGUUUGGUACUUCUUUGGUUGUAAGAAGGACCAACAUAACAGAGGAGAGAGACAGAGCAGGAGAACCAAGUCUGGUUUCUGGAAGAAAACUGGACCUACUAUGGGUAUCAUGCGAAAGAGAGGUAAUCGCGAGAAGAUUGGUGAGAAAAGGGUUUUCGUGUUUCAGUACAGUAAGAUUCUUGGUGGGCCGUCGAAACCCAAAUCCGAUUGGGUUAUGCACGAAUAUGUCGCUACCUUCUUGUCUCCUGACUCUCAUAAUCAGGUAUAA